AAUCAGAAUUAUUGUAUGAUCAAGAGCAAGGACAAUUACAUGGGCAAGAACAAUCACAUGGGCAAGAGCUAGUACAAUUGCAAGUGCAAAAUCAAGCACAAAUACAGGGGCAAGCACAAUCACAUAUGCAAAAUCAAGCACAAUCGCAAAGACAAGCACAAUCGCAAGAGCAAGAACAAUCACAAUUACAAGAGCAAAAGCAAGCACAAUCACAAUGGCAAAGGCAAGCACAGUCACAAGGACAAGAGCAAGGUCAAUUGCAAAGAAAAUCGCAAAGAUUAUCAAAUAAAUUAAAGUCAAACAUAUAUGCACCCUUUAAACUACCUUCCAGGAUAUCAUCAAAUAAUCCUCAAGCACAAAUUCCUCAAGUGCAAAAUUUUCAACACCCUGAUGCUGAAAAAACAUCACGUAUUUAA